CCUUUCACUUUGGGCCAACUACUGUUCAACUAUGCAGCAUUGAAUGAUUGCCACAGGAUCAACAUUCUCUACGAUAUAUGUUAAUUAAGUUGUCAAUCUUUUGGUAGCAGUAGCCUCUCCUUAAUUAAUGAUGUUUCUCAGAGGGAGGUUAACAAGAUCAAAUUACGAGGUUGCAUGGUUUGCGAAUCGCAUGCUGUUUUCCAUCCUCGUUUCAUAUGCUUUAGCAAUCUUGUUGUGCUCAUCGCACUCAGUUUGCUUUCGCUAUACUACAGAUACAAUAACAUACGACACUCCAAUUAUCGACGGUGUUGAAUCAGGGACUCUUGUUUCAUCUGGAGGAAGAUUUGAACUCGGAUUCUUUAGCCCUUCACCUACAGGAACUCAAAGAUAUGUUGGCAUAUGGUAUCACCAACUGAGUCCGAGGACAGUGGUAUGGGUUGCCAACAGAGAAUCCCCAGUUCUCAAUUCCACCAGAACCGGAUCUCUUGCACUCCAAGAUGGGAACCUCCAUGUGUUGGAUAUUACUGGAAAGAGUUACUGGUCAACGGGGCUUGAAACAUCCAAGUCUUCAACACGGACUGCGAAGCUCAUGGAUUCCGGGAACCUUGUCCUAAGCAGCGGCGAUGAUCAGUUGGCAGUGAAUAUUCUGUGGCAGAGCUUUCAAAGUCCAACUGAUACAUUCAUUCCUGGGAUUGUAAUGAAUAAAAGCUUGGAGUUGACUUCAUGGACAGGCGAAGAUGACCCGGCAAGCGGGCAAUUCAUCUUCAAACAAGAUCCAGAUAAAGAGAACCAGUAUGUCAUCACAAAAUCAUAAUCAAAAAUUGAAUCGAUUCCGUACUGGAAAGGCGGAGAACAGGCACCUGUUACAUUUUACAGCUUUGAUCAAAUGCUUCCUGCGGUUACUUACUUACUAUCAAAUUUCAGCAAGAAAUAUGUUGUUAGAAAUCCCAAAAUUAUCAGGAAUGCGAGUCAAAACUCCGCUCAUAAAAACAUAGCAAUUCCUCCACGAUCAGAAUACAAUUAUACAAGGUUGGUGAUUAAUAUUACUGGAGAGAUACAGUUUUGGACGUGGAUUAAUUCCACAAAGCAGUGGAAUUUGUAUUGGUGGGCGCCAAGAGAUAACUGCAGUGUGUUAAAUGCUUGCGGCAACUAUGGCAGCUGCAAUUAUAAUAACAGGCCGUUUCUGUGCAAAUGUUUGCCAGGUUUCAAACCCCUGGAUCUACAGCAGUGGAAUUCUGGAGACUUUUCAGGUGGAUGCACAAGAAAGUUCGCAUUAUGUGGCGACAACAAGAAUGAUACCUUCUUGAGCUUGAAGAAGAUGAAAGUGGGAAACCCAGAUUCAGAAAGAAACGUUGACAAUGAAACAGAAUGCAGGAACGGGUGCUUAAAUAGCUGCUCGUGCAAGGUUUAUUCAUAUACUAAAUCUGAAAACAGUAGUAAUCGAAAUGAGGCGGCUACUUCAUUGUGCAGAAUAUGGAACGCGGGAGAUCUAAAUAAUCUUGAAGAAGAGUAUACCAAUACGGGCCAAGACCUCUAUGUUCGUGUUGCGUUGUCUGAUUUAGAAUCAACUGUAAGAGACUGUAAGCCUUGCGGCACAACCAUCAUCCCUUAUCCCCUGAGCACAGGACUGGGUUGCGGUGACCCCAUGUACUCCCGUUUCAAGUGCAACAACUUCACAGGUCAGGUUAGCUUUGUGGGACUGAAUGACACCUCGUUUAGAGUUAUUAGCAUAAACUCAAGUACCCAGAGAUUUUUCAUCCAAGGCCCCCAGACCGAAAAUGUAGAUAACUGUGAUCCUAGAAACAGUGCGGCUAAUUGGCAGAACAAUCCAUCAUUUCCAUUUGAAGUAAUCAGUCCGUGUAAGGCUGACCUGGGUAAUUUUAGUUCUGAAGUACUUUCAUCCGGAGGUCCUAAAGUAGUGGAGAUGGGUUGGGAGCUACCAAAGGAACCAACCUGCACAACAUCUGCAGACUGCGGGGGUUGGGCACAUUCAAUUUGCAAGAGUGCACGAGAUGGAAAGAAAAGAUGCCUGUGCGAAGCCAAUUUUCGAUGGAAUGGCUCGAUAUUAAGAUGUACUCAAGAAGGUAAUCUUCUAGGACAACCAAAAGAAGAGCAUACGAGAAGAAAAUUGCCAUUGCCUCUGAUAAUUGUAGCGGUGCUUUUAAGUGUGAUUUUUCUGGCGUGCAUCGUCAUUUCCAUUUAUAGAUGGCGAAGAAAUAUGAACAACAAACGAGAUCAAAUAAGACGAGGACAAUUUGAUAGUGAAAGGAGAGUCAAGGAGUUGAUAACCACAAGCGAGUUCAAGGAAGAGGAAGGUAUAGAUGUACCUUUUUUUGAUAUGCAAACUAUACUGGACGCUACAGAUAAUUUCUCAAAUGCAAACAAGCUUGGACAAGGGGGAUACGGGCCUGUUUACAAGGGAAUGUUUCUUGGAGGCCAAGAAAUCGCGGUGAAAAGGCUAUCAAGGGUUUCAGGACAAGGCUUACAGGAAUUUAGAAAUGAGGUGGUGCUGAUCGCCAAACUUCAACACCGAAACCUUGUUAGACUUAAGGGCUAUUGCAUGAAAGGAGAAGAAAAGAUCUUGCUCUAUGAGUACAUGCCUAACAAAAGUUUAGACUCCUUUAUAUUCGAUCAUACAAAACGUAUGUUUCUCAACUGGGAGAUGCGUUUUAGCAUCAUUUUGGGAAUCGCUCGAGGGCUUCUUUAUCUUCAUCAAGAUUCCAGAUUGAGGAUCAUUCAUAGAGAUUUGAAAACCAGCAACAUUCUCCUAGAUGAGGAGAUGAACCCCAAAAUAUCUGACUUCGGUUUAGCGAGGAUUGUUGGAGGCAAGGAAACUCAUGCAAACACAAACACUAUAGUUGGAACUUAUGGUUACAUGUCUCCAGAGUAUGCAUUGGACGGAACUUUCUCAGUGAAAUCAGAUGUCUUUAGCUUUGACGUGGUUCUUCUUGAGAUAAUCAGUGGAAAAAAGAACACAGGCUUUUAUCAAUCGAAACAAACUUUCAGCCUCAUAAAUUAUGCAUGGAGACUCUGGACAGAAAACAAGGUGCUGGAUUUAAUGGACAAGACUCUGGAAGAAAGUUGCAACGAAAGCCAGUUUAUCAAGUGUGUCAAUGUCGGACUCUUAUGCGUACAAGAAGAUCCGAGCGAUCGCCACUCCAUGUCGAAUGUGAUCACCAUGCUCGACAGUGAAACUGCAAUGUGUCCAGCUCCUAAACAGCCAGCAUUUCUCACAAGGAGAGGCAACUCCAGCACAGCUUCUUCUUCUAGUAAGCCAGAAAUUAUAUCUGAAAUAACCAAUAGUUUGGUUGAAGAUACAAUAACAUACGGCACUCCAAUGAAUGAAUCAGAAACUCUUGUUUCAUCUGGAGGAAGAUUUGAACUCGGAUUCUUUAGCCCUUCAUCUAAAGGGACUCAAAGAUAUGUUGGCAUAUGGUAUCACCAAUUGAGUCCGAGGACAGUGGUAUGGGUUGCCAACAGAGAAAAGCCAGUUCUCAAUUCCACUGGUACCAGACGCCUUGCACUCCAAGAUGAUGACCUCCAAGUGUUGGAUGCUACUGGAAAGAGUUACUGGUCAACGGGGCAUGAAACAUCCAAGUCUUCAGCACGGACUGCAAGGCUCAUGGAUUCCGGGAACCUUGUUCUAAGCAGUGGCGAUUUGGCAGAGAAAUUUUUGUGGCAGAGCUUUCAAAGUCCAACUGAUACAUUCAUUCCUGGGAUGGUAAUGAAUAAAAGCUUGGAGUUGACUUCAUGGACAGGCGAAGAUGACCCGGCAAGCGGGCAAUUCAUCUUCAAACAAGAUCUAGAUAAAGAGAACCAGUAUGUCAUCACAAAAUCAAAAUCAAAAAUUGAAUCGAUUCCGUACUGGAAAGGCGGAGAACACGCAACUGAUACAUUUUACAGCUUUGAUCAAAUGCUUCCUGCGGUUACUUACUUACUAUCAAGUUUCAGCAAGAAAUAUGUUGUUAGAAAUUCCAACAUUUUCAGGAAUGCGAGUCAAAACUCCGCUUAUAAAAACAUAGCAAUUCCUCCACGAUCAGAAUACAAUUAUACAAGGUUGGUGAUUAAUAUUACUGGAGAGAUACAGUUUUGGACGUGGAUUAAUUCCACAAAGCAGUGGAAUUUGUAUUGGUGGGCGCCAAGAGAUGAAUGUAGUGUGUUUAAUGCUUGCGGCAACUAUGGCAGCUGCAAUAGUAAUAAUUGGCCGCUUCUGUGCAAAUGUUUGCCAGGUUUCAAGCCCCAAUAUCUACAGCAGUGGAAUUCUGGAGACUUUUCAGGUGGAUGCAUAAGAGACUCUGUGUUAUGCGGCAACAACAAGAGCGAUACCUUCUUGAGCUUGAAGAAGAUGAAAGUGGGAACCCCAGAUUCACAAAUCAACGUUGAGAAUGAAACAGAAUGCAGGAACGGGUGCUUAAAUAGCUGCCUGUGCAAGGCCUAUUCAUAUGCUAAAUCUGGAGAGUAUAGUAAUCGAAGGGAUGCUAAAUUGUGCAGAAUAUGGAACUUGGGAGAUCUAAAUAAUCUUGAAGAAGAGUAUACCGAUGCAGGCCAGGACCUCUCUGUUCGUGUUGCGUUGUCUGAUUUAGAAUCAACUGUAAGAGACUGUAAGCCUUGUGGCACAACCAUCAUCCCUUAUCCCUUGAGCACAAGUCCGGAUUGCGGUGACCCCAUGUACUUCCAUUUCAAGUGCGAAAACUUCACAGAUGAGGUUAAAUUUGUGGGACUGAUUCCUGGGCUGAAUGAAACCUUGUUUAGAGUUAUUAGCAUUAACUCGAGUUCACAGAGAUUUUUCAUCCAAGGCUUCCAAACCGAAAAUGUAGAUAAAUGUGAUCGUAUGAACAGAGGGGUAAAUUCGCAGAUCAAACCAUUUAAAGUAAUAAGUUUGUGCAAUGCUGACCUGGGUAAUUUUAGUUCUGAAGUACUGUCAUCCAGAGGUCCGAUUGUAGUCGAGAUGGGUUGGGAGCUACCAGUACUGGAACCAACCUGUGAAAAAUCUUCAGACUGCACGGAUUGGCCACAUUCAAUGUGCAAUCCUGCAAGCGAUGGAAAUAAAAGAUGCCUUUGCAAAUCCAGUUUUCGAUGGGAUCACUUGAAAUUAAGAUGUACUCAAGAUCAAAUAAGACGAGGACAAUUUGAUAGUGAAAGGAGAGUCAAGGAGUUGAUAGACACAAGCGAGUUCAAGGAAGAGGAAGGUAUAGAUGUACCUUUUUUUGAUAUGCAAACUAUACUAGACGCUACAGAUAAUUUCUCAAAUGCAAACAAGCUUGGACAAGGGGGAUACGGGCCUGUUUACAAGGGAAUGUUUAUUGGAGGCCAAGAAAUUGCGGUGAAAAGGCUAUCAAGGGUUUAAGGACAAGGCUUGCAGGAAUUUAGGAAUGAGGUGGUGCUGAUUGCCAAACUUCAACACCGAAACCUUGUUAGACUUAAGGGAUAUUGCAUGAAAGGAGAAGAAAAGAUCUUACUCUAUGAGUACAUGCCUAACAAAAGUUUAGACUUCUUUAUAUUCGAUCAUACAAAAAGCAUGUUUCUCAACUGGGAGAUGCGUUUUAGCAUCAUUUUGGGAAUCGCUCGAGGGCUUCUUUAUCUUCAUCAAGAUUCCAGAUUGAGGAUCAUUCAUAGAGAUUUGAAAACCAGCAACAUUCUCCUAGAUGAGGAGAUGAACCCCAAAAUAUCUGACUUCGGUUUGGCGAGGAUUGUUGGAGGCAAGGAAACUCAGGCAAACACAAACACUGUAGUUGGAACUUAUGGUUACAUGUCUCCAGAGUAUGCAUUGGAUGGAACUUUCUCAAUGAAAUCAGAUGUCUUUAGCUUUGGCGUGGUUCUUCUUGAGAUAAUCAGUGGAAAAAAGAACACAGGCUUUUAUCAAUCGAACACUUUCAGCCUCAUAAAUUAUGCAUGGAGACUCUGGACAGAAAACAAGGUGCUGGAUUUAAUGGACAAGACUCUGGAAGAAAGUUGCAACGAAAGCCAGUUUAUCAAGUGUGUCAAUGUCGGACUCUUAUGCGUACAAGAAGAUCCGAGCGAUCGCCACUCCGUGUCGAAUGUGAUCACCAUGCUCGACAGUGAAACUGCAAUGUGUCCGGCUCCUAAACAGCCAGCAUUUCUCACAAGGAAAGGCAACUCCAGCACAGCUUCUUCUUCUAGUAAGCCAAAAAUUAUAUCUGAAAUAACCAAUAGUCUGGUUGAAGGUAGAUAAUUAAAGCACGACUGAUACUCUAAUUUUUCACUCUUUCAUAAACCCUUGACCUUUUCAUGUCGCAUUUGUUUUCUUUCUGUAUAUUUAACGCUUAACGGGUAAUUGUAAAAGCCUAUCUCUGAUGUUUCUGGUCCCAAAAGUUUGAGUUUGACCUCUUUGCUGUGUGACUUGGGCUCAUCGUGUAUUCUUUUCUUUCUUAUCCUGGAAUCAACUUGGAAUGAAUGUUUUUCUUUUUUA